AACAUUUCGCGGGGGCCUGAGAGAAGGUAACAGAGUGCAAAAAGAAUUCCCUGUUAUCAAUUAUAAUUAGUUUUAUAUUGGUUGUUUAGACACUACAUUUGAGGAUAUUAACAACGGAGUCUAUAGAUCCAAUUUCAAAACCUGUUGAGGAGGAUGUAGAAGAAGCAUCGUAUUUGUACAUAAAACAAGUGUCGCAAACAAAAGUGAUGACAAAAGAGGAUGAAGAAAUAGAGUCCCUGAAGAGCACUCACCACCGGAAAAACCAUCAAGUUUCGAUCACACAACUCAACUCACAUCAGCCUUUGAUUCUUCAUCAAUGUUCAUGGCCGAGGCUCCCUUCUAGGUAAAUGCGUUUCGGGAUGAGGCAGAUUUUUCAAUUCAACCAAAACCUCCAGAUUGAAGCUUUUCAAAAACGACUCUGAAAUUCCAAGAUGCAACCCGAUCACGGUCUGAUUCCCUCUUUUUGAAGGGGUUUAGAAGAACGAGAAUGGGGAAGUUAGGGAGGAAAGCGGCUCCAAUCAGUUUCAGGAACCAAAGAAAGUUAAAAUACAAGUUGAAAAAAAAGCUUCAAAAUAUGAUAGUUACGAUGGUAAAAAAAUUCAAGAGAGUGAUGGUAUGACAAAUCCUUCAAACACUGUUGUUGAAGAAAUUCUACCCAUUUCACUUGUUGUUGUGUUCAGUGAUAAUGAAAAGAGGUCGAACAGAUUGAAAGAAAAGUCUCUAAGGUUUUCUCCUUCUGGCGGAUCAUUUCAACAAUAUUUAGAAAUGAUAGAUUUUGAAUCUUCAUUACGUCUCAUGGUCGAGCCUCAAUUCAACGAUGGACUGUUUCAUGAUGAUGUUAAUUUUGCGAUUCCGCCGAAACCACCAGAUCAGAUUGUUGCUGGGUUUUUGCGUUGUGGAGAAAGUGAAUUCCACAGGUACACCAACAAUUUGUUCUCAACUUUCGCCUACAAACUGUUUGUUAAAAUACCCCUAACACCCACUUAUGUGAACACCUUUAUGUUAAAAGAAUUGGAAGUAAUUUUGACUGAAAGCUUGCAUAACAACAUCACUGAAUUUAGAGUUGCUUGGUCCUUGAUUGGUCUCUAUUUCAUUAAGAGUUUCAGUCCCUUUAAGGCAUUGCCCUAAUACUUGAAUCCACCUCAAAUGCUUGCACUUCCUACUGGUCAACCGUGGUCGUCCUUAACUGGUUGCAGCAGUGAAUUGGCAGUGUUUUAUGAAAAUGGCCCUUUCGAAAUUGCCGACAACAUGUCCCUUACAUGGAACGAAUAUGAUUGGGACAAGGAAAUUUUUGCUGCACAUCCUGAAUAUGCUACAUGUGAUAUUUUUUUAACGGGUGAAUCAUAUGAUGGGCAUUAUGUUCUGGUUUUUACUGCUCGUGUCCACAAGGGAAACAAAGCUAAAGAAGGAAUUCAUAUAAACUUGAAGGGAUUUUCCAUUGUUAAUGGGUUCACUGAUUUCAGAAUUCAUUAUAAAGCUUAUGCAGAUUAUGCACUUGACAUGCGCAUAAUUGAACAACCUGACUAUGACAGCAUCAACAAAGUGUUGGUUCUAGCCUACGAAUUGACAAUCAAACUAUGCGGUACAGAUGGAAAAAUCUCAUGCACAACUUCAUAUUUUGUUUGUAAUACUAUAUUCAUUCCCAUCAUGUCACAUGCUAGACAUAUCAAUUACUACGACAUCAGAAAGAAGUGUGGAGGGAUUCUUUGCUAUGACUUUUCGAACAAGGAAAAGUUCCUGAACCAAGGAUCUGUUCGGGAUGCACUAGGGGUUGGAGAUAUUGAUUUUGUGUCUUGCAGCUCUAUAGUUUUUCAGGCUAUGCUAGUGGAUUGGUUGCGAAACCUUGACGUUGGUAUUCCUGCGUUGUUGCCCUUCUUGAAGGCUGUUUGUCAGAGUAAGAAAUCUUGGCUAGCUCGGCACACCAACAUUGACCACUCUGACACAAUGCAAACCUAUGUAUUCAUUAUCCUAAUAUUUUCCGGCAUUAUUCUGCUACCGGUUCUUCUACUUGUUGCUUUAACAGAUGGUGGUGGGAAGAACAAACAGUUAGGAAAACAACUUUCAAUGAACUUGGCGAGUUAUCAAUGAAAAUAAAUGAGUCUUUAUUUUUAUUUCCUUUAUUUUAUCUUCUUCAUAGUUUAGAUUUUUCAGUUUUUAGUAGUCUUGUUAGGGUUCUAGAUUUAGCAUCCUAUCAAUUGGUGCUUUCAUUUUCGAUCUCACUUCCGCCUAAAAUCAUGACAAUCUUAUUGUUUGAUGGGGAAGAAGAUGCAUAUUGGUGGAUUCUUUGUUUUGAGAAAUUUUUCAAGGAGCAUGAAACACCCAAAUCAUUGAAGGUUUUGAAACCUUAGUGAAAAAUAAAAAAUACACAUAGAAUUCGAAAAUGUAUUUUCGAACAUUCCAUUCAAC